AUGAUGAGUAAGUAUAUUCCACAUUUUUCUGGGGACCAGCGAAAUUUUCUCACGGACCACUACUUUGGUGACCUCUGCUCUAGGAGACAAGUCACCAUCACACCACACACAAGUUUGAACUCAUCACAUGGUGUGAUAUCUGAAAUCAAUCUGAUGUCUGAGGAUGAAUCACAUAUUCAGAUCGGUCUUUCAGAUCAAGGUAUCACUGCUGUCAGACACAUUUCCAUUUGUCGAGAGGGCAAAUUGAUACCAACUGAACACCUUAUUCUCACCUUUGGAAAGCCAUCAUUGCCAUCUUUUGUUACGGCAGGAUAUUUGUCCUGUUCAGUUCGUUCAUAUAUUCCAAAUCUGCUGCGUUGCUUUAAAUGCCAGCGGUUUGGACAUUCACAAACAUCCUGCCGAGGUAAAAGCUUAUGUGCACAGUAUGGAAUUGAAGGCCACCAGCAUACUGAGUGCACCAGUACUCCAUGCUGUGUAAAUUGCAACAAUGCCCAUCCUGCCUACUCUCGGAAAUGCUAUGCAUGGCAGAGAGAGAAAAAGAUUCAGCGAGUAAAAACUGUAAACAAUCUAUCUUACCCAGAGGCUCGGCGCAUGGUCACUUUAAGUGCACCUUUGAAACAAGAUAUUUGCGGCUGUUUUGAAAUCCACAAAGACAUGUGGAGUUCAAACAAAUAUUUCUGUUUUCCCAGAAGAAUCUCUUACUUGCCACAUAAAAUGUUUGCUAAUCUAAUCAAAAGAAACUGA